AUGCCGCUGCAGGCAAAGUCUUGCAUCUAUCGUAUCGGGCAGAUCAACCAAGCCAAGAUCCUGAUCCUCCUUGCACACAACAUAAUCGAUUGGAUCAUUGCCGCCAGGACGGAGGCAAAACACAUCCCCAUCCUUGUCGGUAGCGCUGCUACCAACGCACAGCUGCACGAGGUCGAGACCGCCAUGCGGAAGGCCACCAUUGCCGAAUCGCUAAGCUCGCACAUCGGUUGGGAUGACUUCAAUGUCGACAUUGUUGACUUUCUAUCGGGGGGCCCGUUCGAGUACCAGCCCGCUCAGAUGAAGUUGUGCAAGGAGCAAUGGGACAGUGACUCAUCGACGGAGAUCGAGAUAGCUAGCAAGAAGGAAAAGCAGGUCACUGUAAAGCGCAAGUCAAUUCGAUUACCGAUUAUUGAAGUCAUGAUUCAACUACGUGCGCGAAUACGAUUGGCGCAACGCCACCUUCGUCAAUUAGCCUGGUACAGAAACCCUAGUGGCACCAUGGGCCGCUUCGUCACCGAGUGCGAGGCCAUUGCUGCCGCCGACCCCGUCUACCGCGCCCGCUUCGGCUCAAAAUUCCACCGCAGGAACGACAAGGACGACGAGGAUAAAGAGGCUGUAGCUAACCCCGAGGUGUUGGCCAAGCUCACUAUGACCCCGGAGCAACACCGCUCCUGCAUGGAGAUCAUCCGCAAGGGUGACCUCGAUGUUUAG